ACACACACACACACACACACACACACACACACACACACACACACACACUUCUCUCCGGUUACCGGGGCCGUGUCAGAUGUGUUUCUAUUUUCUCCAUCUUUCCCUCCGACCCGGAACUACAGAGACAGACACGGAGACAUUACAGAGACAGACACGUCCAACUCCGCCUCGCGCUCUCCGGUCUGCACCGAUCCGGUCUGAACCACCGACCAGCGGCCGCUCUGCGGGCCGGACCGAGCCGGAGCACAACCACAUCAUGUCCCUGCAGCUCCCCCCGUGCGUGAUAGACUGCGGGACCGGGUACACAAAGAUCGGCUAUGCUGGAAACACUGAGCCCCAGUUCAUCAUGCCCUCCUGUAUCGCCAUCAAGGAGUCGGCCAGCGUGGGAGAGCAGGCUCAGAGGAGGCUCGUGCGAGGAGUCGACGACCUGGACUUCUACAUUGGAGACGAAGCCGUUGACAAACCCAACUAUGCAACCAAGUGGCCCAUCCGUCAUGGGAUGGUGGAGGACUGGGAUCUGAUGGAGAAGUUUAUGGAGCAGGUCAUCUUCAAAUACCUUCGAGCUGAACCUGAAGACCACAGCUUCCUCAUGACGGAGCCUCCUCUCAACACUCCAGAGAACAGAGAGUACCUGGCAGAGAUCAUGUUCGAGACUUUCAACAUACCUGGACUCUACAUCGCAGUGCAGGCGGUCUUGGCAUUGGCGGCAUCCUGGACGUCUCGGCAGGUCGGACAGAGAACUCUGACCGGCAUAGUCAUCGACAGCGGAGAUGGAGUCACACACGCCAUCCCUGUGGCUGAGGGCUACGUGAUUGGCAGCUGUAUAAAGCACAUCCCCAUCGCAGGGCGGGACAUCACCUUCUUCAUCCAGCAGCUGCUCAGAGACAGAGAGGUGGGGAUUCCUCCAGAGCAGUCGCUGGAGACCGCCAAGGCUGUCAAGGAGCGGUACUGUUACAUCUGUCCAGACAUUGUGAAGGAGUUCACAAAGUACGACACUGACCCGGGGAAGUGGAUCAAACAGUACCGCGGAAUCAACGCUGUCAGUAAGACCGCCUUCCAUAUCGACGUGGGCUACGAGCGCUUCCUGGGCCCCGAGAUCUUCUUCCACCCCGAGUUCGCUAACCCAGACUUCAUGCAACCCAUCUCUGAUGUCGUUGAUGAGGUCAUUCAGAGCUGUCCAAUUGAUGUGAGGAGACCGCUCUACAAGAACAUUGUGCUCUCUGGAGGAUCCACCAUGUUCAGAGACUUUGGGCGGCGGCUGCAGAGAGACCUGAAGAGAGUCGUGGACGCCCGACUGAAACUCAGCGAAGAACUCAGUGGAGGACGGAUAAAGCCGAAGCCGAUGGAGGUACAAGUCGUCACUCAUCACAUGCAGCGCUACGCCGUCUGGUUCGGAGGCUCCAUGUUGGCGUCCACGCCGGAGUUUUUCCAGGUGUGUCACUCGAAGAAGGACUACGAUGAGAUCGGUCCCAGCAUCUGUCGACACAACCCCGUGUUCGGCAUCAUGUCCUGAUGGCAGCGGCAACUACAGACGGCUAGCCUGUCAGUCUGCUACGUUGUUAGCCUGUUGGCCUUUCAGCCUGCUUCCCACUAGAUAGCCAGCCAGCUAGCCCGUUAGCUGACCUGUUUACCUGCUAUCUGCUAGCCACCAGCCACUUAGCCAAUAGCCUGUUAAUCUCUUGCCCCGCUGAGUUUUUAUCCCGCUACGCUACGAGCUGGUUAGCAGGCUAGCUCAGUCUCAUCAAGCACAUGGAGGUCUGUAGUAACUGAAAUCAGUUAGAAAACAGUGUGGUGUUGUUUUGUUUUAAACUUUCAGCACUGACAACUUGUUUCUCAUCAAAAAGAAAAAAAAAAUCCAGAAGAGACACUUGAAGGCUACCGCAGAACUUCUCCAGACCUCGAGAUGACGUCUAGCUAGCUGCUAGCCUGUUAGCCAUCCUCAAAAAUGUAGCCGUGUUCAGAGUGUGUCUGUUGAAAGUUUACACUGUUGGCCCGACUGAAGAUGGCAGAGAUGAUCUUCUUUGUGGGUUGUUUUAGAGAAAUGUUCACAACACAGAUACAAGUUGAGUUUACUGAAUUUUCUUUUCUCAUAGCGAUCAAGGAAACUGUAAAAGAAGGAAAGGACGUGACGAGGAGCCAGGCUUUGGUGUCAGUGCUAUUGGAGUCAACGGGGUAGACAUGACAUAUCAAAUUAUAACCUUAUCAUAUCUUUGUUGUUUCACCUUCCACAAGAUUGAAAAACACACUUUAUGUUUUUUAUCUAAAUGUGCGCGUUAGUUUUCCUUGUUAGUGGUCUCCAAACAGAUCAUGGCUCUGUCACGACAGGAGAAGAAUGUGAUCAUCGUCUCCUCCUUUAUGACCUGCCAUUUUAAACCUGGCAGAAUCAUCAGGAACUUCACUGUUAACUAGCUAACGUUUGUCGUAUUGGUUAAAGUAUAUUUCCUCAGAUUGCUUUAGGUUCAUUUUCCCCCCGAACAUCAAGACACGAUGUAGCUUAACCCGUUUAGAUCUGAUCUGUCCCUUCUAAUGGACAUAAGUUUUCUAGGAUAUCUAGAUCUACGAUUACUGUCACUUGACUCCACCCAAAUGAACACACUUGUAGGCUGUGUCCACAAUCAUUCACUCAUUCACUACUCACUACGUAGGUAGUUCUACAUAGAGGACUGUAUAGUGAGCUCACCUGAAACAUGAAAAACACAUUCAGACACCACUUAGGUCAUUUUCUCAACGCCGUUAAUUAUGAUUUAAUAAUUUAAACAUGUCAUAUCAGCGACGGCUGGUGAAGCGUCCAUAUUUGUGAUAAAAACAUGAAAUAGGGAGCGUAUUUCCCCCAAGUUGAUAAGUAAUAUUACUUUGUGGCUGUUUGUGUUGUGAUGCUGCUCUGCUCACAUUAGACGUAUUUACACUGGCAGACAGACAGGAGGAGGGAGAGCAGCGCCAUAUCAACCUGUCCUACUGAUGUCAGUCAUUUCCUGUUUAACCUUUGUUGUGUUGAAGUUUGUUUUACCAUUAAGGCACAAACCAGAGCUAGUAGCGACCCAGCAUGCUAACAUUAGCUAGUGUUAGUAGCCCUACUCUGUACAGUAACUGUGAAGCAUGAGAGACGAUAUAUUGCCGAAUUAUUUUUAUCAUUACGUGAACUGACGACUUCACAUUAAACUGACAGUUUAUUACAUGACAAAGAAAAACUGGUUAAACAUGUACAGCAGGUCUCGGUGUCUGUCCGUUCCUUUGGCGCAAUGCAUGAUGGGAUAUUAGCCCUGUUUCCACCGGGCAGUAUGGUUGAUUCAGUUCAGUUCAGUUCAGUUCAAUUUCCACAGUAAAAGUUGUGGAUGGUACCAACAGCAGCGUUCCUUAGCGUCCCCAUGUUUGGUCCCCCCUCUGUUGGGGUACCUAGCACACAGAUCUGGUACUAAAAGGUGGAGCUAGAAACCCUGCAGUCUGAUUGGUCAGUAGAGGACGCUCACUCUGGUUUUAUGUAACCUCUGUUCAUACAUCAGUAAACUACAACUAUAAAAUGAAAGAGAAAAAAUAACUUCAUUCACUGGGCCGACUGCCGGCAACUUUUAAGGUGGAACGUUAACUUGUAAUGUUACUCAAUGCAUGAGUUGAUGACGUGAAUCCAUCAGCACACCUUAAAUUGCACCAACAAACUAACCCUGAGUGAUGUCAGCGUUACAGCGUUUGGACUUCUUCAUAAACCCCGUGGAAGAACCUAGCGUCUGUACAAAAGAAUAAAGCCAGACACACAAACCUCUCUGUGCAGACAGGUUUGAUCUUUGCAGUCACGUCCAGGGUUAUUAAUACUAAUAAUUAAUAUUAACAUAUAAUUAAUUAAUAAUAAUAUUUGUCAAAUGAUUUUUGUUAACGUUGGACAGACGUGCUGCUAAGACAUACUGACAGCAAACUGCACCUCAUGGCUCUGUUAGAUGAACUUCUUUUCUCUGUUUAAUGUGUUUUAGAACAAUGUAACUACUGCUGCCACCUGGUGGAUGGAAAUAUAGGCCGAAAUAUUAAUUCAUGCUGUAACUGUGGGGCUCUGUCAGUUACAUGUUAAUAUUAGACGCUAUCAACCAUAAAGGUCUCUUCUCUGUUCCUCAGCCGUUUCUCUCCAGUGUUCAAUGUUUCAACAGACAAUUUGUAGAGAUACUUCAGAAACUGAGGAUAUUUUGAGUCAUGAUGAAAAACACAACACAAACUGAAGUGUCGUAAAGCGUCACUUCAUUCAUUGAUUUUAUUUAACCACUUGUUAAAUACAAAUAAUCUCAUGUUUUUGACCAUUUGUUGUUAAUUUUACUGUUAGGUGAUUCCUACGUUAAGAUUCUUCGUCCGUUGGAGUAGACAGAAGAAAUCACACAUAAUUAACUUUCCUAAUAAAAAAAAUUGUCAAUGGUUUAUGAGUGCAUUUAGAUAAGAAAUCCACCGUUACAAUUUUUUGUGUGUGUGUUUGGAACAUAAUCGGCUUCUGAAUGGGUUCAUUUGUUAAGACGGUGAUAAUCUGUAACAUUUUGAAGAAAACUAACAGUCAGUCCCCUCUCAGACCGUCGGCCAUCGUGCUGUCACAGAUUACAUCGUCAAAAUUAGAGUAAUCAAAGCUCAAAUCUCCGGGGAGCUACAUUAGCAUAAAUUAUGUUCUAAUGUUACAGUAGAGCUGUUAUUUCCUCGAGCAGUCGAACGAAUCACGAUCAUUUGAACACAACAAUACAGACCAUAAUAACAAUAAUAAUAAGAGUGUUUAUGGAUCAUUGACCUGAAAAGUGACCAUUCAGUUGGCUGCAGCUUUACUUCCUCUCUCUCCUCACAUGCAUUUGAUCAUAAAUAAGUAACCAACAGUAAAACUCUUGAUUCAUGUUUUGAUACGAUAUUUAAAACACUCAGACGUCAGCCGGCUCUUUCCAUAAUCUUUGCUGUGGUUGUCAGGAGGUGGCGCUAAUUGACAAAUUAUAUAUGCCUCUAUAAAUCUGGACCUUUGUCAGUUAAGUGGCCGCUAAGUUACCGGUAACCCUCGAGUUACUUUCUCUUAUGACUGUAGUCUGGUCCUGCCCCGGCUGGUGUCAUGAUGCCGCUGAGAGCAAACAGCAGCUUGAGUUAUGUUCAGCUGAUGGACAGAGACGUGAUCUGUUUGGUGACCAGUAACAGGCAAAACGAGCGCAUACAUUUAGAUAAAUAAAACGCCAGUCAACAUCACUAAGUUUUAAUUUGAUGGAAGGAGUCAAAGGUCAAACAACAGAAAUACGAUGGGUUACAUCAUCGCGCCCGCCCCUGACCUUUCCUUCUGUCAUAGUUUCCAUGGUAACGAUUUGGACGGACGAGCUAAAACCAUAUUUGUUUUGCUGCAGUUUGGACGCAGGUUUAGUGGCGUGGAUGACGGAUUUAUCUUCACCUCAUCGAUACACAACAAAUCUGGUUCCAGUGAAGACGCCGUCCAAGCUUCUAUCAGCAGUUGAGGAGCGGCCUGUUAGUCUGCUGUGUACGAACCUCUAGAUGAAUGAUGACGAGAGAAAGUUGUGUUUAACGUUACUUUAAUGCAGCAGAUCUGUCAAUCGAAGCCAAGCACAGAAUCCUGUUUGAGUUCUGAUCCUCUCUUUCCUCUUUGUCUUAUUUCCUCUUCACGUCUUGUCCUCUUCACUGCGUCAGUCUUCUGUCUGAAGAGAUGUGUAGACCUGCUGUUGGGCAGUGUGUUAGCAUGUUAGCACGUCAGCUCUCGUCAUGAUUGGAUGAUCCAGCGCUCGGCUACAGAUCGUGUCUCCAGCUGAGAUUUCAGACAGUUACAAGCUGAAAUAAUUUGACUGAAAACCGUUAAUGUGGAAUUCAUAUUUAUUGUGACAAGCUGAGUCUCAGUGACGCAUGUCGUCUCUAAACUAACAAAAACGAAUGAAUCAUUGCUGCUUCGUCUGUGAACGGGAACUUUAUUCAGUUUAACUCACAGAGGCGUAUCUACUGAUCGCAGUGUUCUGUCUGAUAUUCUGUAGUGGUAAAUGCUCGUCCGACAGAGUUCUGUUCAGCGCUGAUGUCUCGGCUCGUUCUCAUUACAAAACCGUCAAAUACCGCCGAUUUGUCAGUGAUUUCAGCAUCAGACAGCAACGCCAACUUUCACAGCUGUAUGAAACGCCACCGGGCAGCGUCAGUUAGUAAUGCGGCUGGAUAGAACCUUUUGGGUGUUAUGAAACACCACCGGUUGGUCAGACGGCACCUGUCGCAGCAGUAUGAUACGCUGCUGGACGACGUCAGGUUGAAACGCUGCCAGUGACAAUGUAAUAUAAGGAGCUGCAAAGUCCCUGUAGGGCAGGUUGGAGGGGAGGUGGAUGGGUCCAACAAACCCUGGAGACCGCCGCUCACUUCCUGUAUGAAGAUAGAUCCAAACCAAGAUUGUGUUGCCAGGCGUAACGGGUAUACAUACCCACCUUUUUUUCUCGCCAUUUACAGUAAACUCACCUGUCAGCCAAAAAGGACUUAGAAUAUGUAGGAUAAUAUUCCCACUUCCUCUGCAGUAACCUGCCCGUCUAGCAGUACAGCCGCCUCAUCAGCUACCACUACACCACUGCCUAAACCUAACCAUGUGCUUGUCCCAGUGUUGGUCGCGGCGUCCCGGAACGUCAACAGGACACAGGAGGAUACGAGGGUGUAAUAUGUAGACGUGAAAGGCAAAGCGGUGAUAUGUGAUGACGUGCUGGAUGUCUCCAGCCGUUAAGAGACAGAGAAAAUGUUUUUGAGCUCAUCGGUCCAUAACUCGGCGUUGACCGAUAUUUCAACAACGUCUGUGAGUGUUUCUGUGUUUCGGAGGUGACCUGAUGUUUUCUCUAGCGCCACCAUCUGGACAAAAUCUGCUAUUGAACUUAAACUGGACUCAACAUGACUGUGAAUCAGCAAGAGGGGACAAGGUGUAGUUUCAUACUGAGGGACAUGAACUUUUGAUUUGAAUGAUAACAUGUUUGAGGUCUGGAGCUGCUGAUGUCUGUCAUCAGCAUGAACCGGACUGGAUUUAAAAACACGACCGUCUGUGAGCACGAAUCACAUCAGAGGCGUGCAAACAAAACGACAAAGAUAUUUUCUGACAGGAGGAAAUACAACAAGUGGAAACAAGUGUGUGUGUGUGUGUGUGUCUGUGUCUGUGUGUGUGUUUCAGUGAUAUACGGCCUGUAUCAUUAACCUGUGCACUCAGAGAGUUUAUAUUUGUAAAGAGAUCAGAACACAGAGGAGAGCUAACAGGUCACAUAGAUGAUAAAGUUAAUAGACACUCAUAUAUAUACUGUACAUACUGUAUGCUGAGAGCACUGAGGCAUCAGACUGAUCCAGGAACAGGUCGAAACCACAAGUGGCACCAUCAGCUGAAGUGUGGUGUGUUCAGGUACAAUCAUGUAAAAGUAAUAGUCGUGUAGAAAUACAUUAAUUAAAUGUAUUUCUACAUGUUUGUAUGAGCAGGUGCAGCAUCUGAAUGUGCUGUACUCCAGUCCUCCAUGAAGAGCGUCGAAAAGACAAGAGGCAUCUGUGAUUUACAUGAACACUGAAACAAUGAGGCAUUCACGUUAAGAAAUCAGUUAUCAGUUAUAGCUAUUAAUUAUCAAUCAAUUUAGACACUCUAAAAUAACUAACCUUGAGCAACGUAGGAAGGAAAAACCAACGCAGUCAACACAGGAAAAUAAGUUGGAGAUGUUUGAUCGUAGUUACAGGAUGGUGUCUCUCAGGAUCUUGUGAUUAUGACAUGAGAACCAACUUUUUGGGUCGUGAACCGGUUUACUUUUGGUCAAAAUGCUCUGAACGGUUUAGAACAGAUCUAUGUUGGUGGAAAAGAGGGUACCCAACACGCUCUCAUCCCCACUCCUCAAAUAACGUUGCUCUGACACUCUGUACCCUCAUGCGUCAGUUUUGGAUGGUCAGGGACGCCGCGUCAGUUUCUGCUCGUUACAUGCACACAGUUUCCUUUAAAACUAGGUUACAACGUUGGUAAAACACCUCAGAUUUAUUUUCCUGAGGUUUAGGCAACAAGAGAACGUGGUCAGUUUAAAAAGAACAUUAUGGUUAAAAUUCUCUCGAGAAGCAAACAGCGACUCCCAGGUGAAAAGUCUGGAGUUUGUUUGAUCCGUCCACCCUAUAUGGACGUUAUUGCUCUUUAUAUCACACAAGUUGCUGGUGGCAGUUUGUUACAUCGCCGUCCGGUGUGUAAGAAGGGUGCCAGCGUGUCUGAUGCGCCUGGGGCAAAUCAAAUCAUGCCUCUGUGCGUCGGUAUCUGACGCCGACAUCACAGAUGAAGGGAAGGUAUUUGACGAGUUGGGAGUGAGAACAGGCCGGGUAUCAGUGUCACUUUACUAAUAGUGAAGUAGAAACUAGAUGGCAGCUAACACUCCGCGUGCCCCCUUCCUCUACCUGACCCACAACGACCUGCAACAUCAUCUCCACUUAUUUUUUUCUGAGCUGAAUGUGAUGCACUUUCCUCCACAGCAGCGGCAGCAGCUAGCAGGGCCUGCGGUCGUGUUUCCUUUAAACUGUCGGCCAAAUUCUAAGCAAACUUUUGAAAUGCUGCAAAACAGAAAUGCGAAUUCAGUGCGUUUCCAUCAGCCAGCUUGGAGCCAAUAAAUUCAUCUUGCUGCAAAGUGUAGUUUGGUUCAAGGUUGGUGGUUCAGGCUGUAAUCUGCCAGGUAACAGAGAAGAAGAAGAAGAAGGUUAUGAACCAGAAACAAAACAAGUCGCCAUCUAACCAAACACAGAGACGUCUUCAGGAACUUGUUUUAAUUCUGCUGUCACGUCAGCUGGUGUUGGACACGUUUCACUCAGUCCAGAGACGAAGACAAAUAAAUGCAAUAAUUCUAAUGCACGGGAAGAAUCAGCUGAUCAGUCACGUGACUGAAAUGUUCGCUCCAUCAGAACCUGCUCGUUUCCACGCAGCUUUACUAAUGUGGUACUUCAAAAAAUGUAAAUACGGAAACACAGCUGGUGGCGGCUCCAGCAGAUGUUCACACCUUCAUCUUCAUUUUGUACCCACAUGAACAUUAACUCUGGAACAUGUCCAUCGGCCCUGCAGGUCUGUUAUCAGCACUCACACAAUGCAUGACUGUGUUCACAGGUGUCCUUGUGGUUUGGACCUGGGUCUCUGGCUGAGGACAGCCCAGUGUAGAAAAGACACAGCAGAUGUUUAGUUUUAUGAAGACGUCCUCACAGCUGCAGUGAAAUCCUAUUUUUGUGGUGGAGCUGAACCUGAACACAGUCGGUGUAUGUUAAUGAUCUGUGGUUUGAUGCUGAGCUGCUGUCA